AUGAAGCUCAACGUCUCCUACCCGGCCAAUGGGUCCCAGAAAAUUAUCGAGAUCGACGAUGAGCGCAAGCUCCGUCCCUUCAUGGAGAAGCGCAUGGGCGCCGAAGUUGUCGGCGAUGCUCUCGGUGAUGAGUUCAAGGGUUACGUCUUCAAGAUUACUGGUGGUAACGACAAGCAGGGUUUCCCCAUGAAGCAGGGUGUUCUCCUCCCCACCCGUACCCGUCUCCUCCUCGCCGACGGCCACAGCUGCUACCGCCCCCGCCGCACCGGUGAGCGCAAGCGCAAGUCCGUCCGUGGUGCCAUCACCGGUCUGGACCUUGCCGUCCUUGCUCUGUCCAUCGUCAAGCAGGGCGAGGGUGAGCUCCCCGGUCUCACCGACACCGUUGUCCCCAAGCGUCUCGGCCCCAAGCGUGCCACCAAGAUCCGCCGCUUCUUCGGUCUCGACAAGAAGGACGACGUUCGCAAGUUCGUCAUCCGCCGUACCGUCACCAAGGAGGGAAAGCAGGACUACACCAAGGCCCCCAAGAUCCAGCGUCUGGUUACUCCCCAGCGUCUCCAGCGCAAGCGCCAACGCGUUGCUAUCAAGCGCCGCCGUGCUGAGACUGCCCGCGAUGCUGCUAACGACUACGCCAAGCUCCUUGCCGGCCGUGUCCACGAGGAGAAGGCCAAGCGUGAUGAGCUCCGCAAGCGGAGGGCUUCCUCCAUGCGGAAGUAA